AUGGAACCUUGGCACUUCUGCAUAUAUGAAGGCUAUCACGUGGCAAUUCUGGCGUGCCUUCUUGUUUCAACUGCAUCUUCGUCGGCUUGGCUAAACCACUCUUUGUGCCUGGAGACCUGUAGCUGUGUCGGGCAAACCAAAGUCGAAUGCAGCAACCGUUAUCUCAGGAUUGUUCCUGCAGGUAUUCCUUUGACAACAGAAAAUCUCAUCCUGUCUCGUAACCUGAUCACCAAUAUACAAGAUGGUGAUUUCUUUCCAUUACCAGCCCUUGCUGUCCUGCGCCUAACAGCGAAUUUCAUCUCGGCUAUCCAGCCUCAAGCUUUCGAUAGACUUCCUAAACUGUCGACUCUCCACGUUGAUGAGAAUUGUCUGAUCGAUAUUUCCACUAUUCCCCCAAUCCUCAUCAUCAACCUUGCAUUCAAUUUUAUUCAGAGGGUGAACUGCCACAGUCAACAGACAUUUGGCUUUGCCGGCGACCGUGAAUCCCUGAUAAACCUUUCAAACAACUUCAUAGUAGGAUUCCUGAACCUGUCACUUCCGGUUAACAUCAUUACUGCCGUAUCAUCAAAUAUUCGGGUUUUUGACAUUCACCAAAUACAGUCGGUUCAUCUGAUCACUUUAAUUGACUUCCGUGACAAUGGUAUCAGGACCCUUCCUGAUCUUCGGAACUUAACAAAGCUUCAGAAACUUUUUCUAUCAGGUAACCCAAUACACGUUGUGCAGAUUUCACACUGGCCUCAGGGCACCACACUACUGCAGAUACAUCUGGAGAAAGGGACACAUAUCAACCAAAACUCUUCCAGCAGAAUAAAUCAUCUAUACAUAAGUGGUAUGGGAAUUAGCCAUUUACAGGAUAUUAUAGGCUUCAUGGAUGUGCACUUCAUUGAGGUUAUAGUCAUUUCAAAGUCUUUGGUAAGCAGCAUUAGUGACCUCCCAGCACUUCCCAAAUUGAGGAGCCUUACUGUCAAACACUCUGAACUGAUUGGAGUCAUAACCUUUAGCCCCUAUUUGUAUCCAAAGCUUAGGGUCAUAGACUUUCGAAACAACAGUAUCACAUAA